CCAGUGUACACUGAGAUACAUAAUAAAAUGAUAUAUUAUUAUCUAUCUUAGUGCCCGUAUAUCUUUAAUCAUGGUCUGACCUUAUCAGCUCUUAUACCCGUGGUUUGUAAGAUCACAUUCAUGUCUCAUGUGUUUACCGCAUUUUGUUUUCUCCUGUUUGUAUUAAACUACUGUCUGACAUUCGUGUUUUCUCUUCUAUACUCUGUGAUUCGAUUACUGCCAAUGCUGUCACAAAGGCUGAUAAUCGAAUCAGAAUAUUAUGAGCUUCGUGUUUAUGACUUAUGUACCUACCAACAUAAGAAUGUUUACCUAUUUUGGGUAAUUGAUAUUUGAAUUUAGUAGGCGUUUAAUAAGUAAGUGAACAUUUUUAUAUUCAAAAAUAAGCUAUUACACAUUUUUAGAAAUUCUAGAAAUUAUGUAAAAAAUAUGCCAAAUUAUCGAAAUGCAUAUAUUUCUAUGUGUCCCAUCAAACCAUUGUCCCACUAUUGGAUUUUCGAUUUUUCUUCUCUGUAGUACAACCACAGAGAAUUUUGAGGUUUUCAGUUUGAUUCUUUUGAAUUAUAUUCCGUGUAUAAUUAGGAUUGGCCACGAUUAUUUUUAAAAUGUAUGAUUUCAAUUAAAAUAAAUGUUUUCUUAUGUAUACUUGUUGCUAUAUUGGUAUGCUUAAUGUUGGCAUUUACUUGGUGUUUUAACUCUUUCCCCUACCAAAUAUUGAUCAUAUAGAUAAUCUAGAUUAUAAUUAUUUUAUUAAAUUACAUUUUCAUAGUAAUAUACCUAAUUUAAAUUUUGUAUUCAUCUAAAAUUUAACCUAAUUUAAUAUAAUAUUUCAGAAUAUCAUAUUUACUUUAAGUACUUAUUCAAACAUUAGAGCAUAUAACCUAAAUUCUGAAUAGUGGGUUCUUACUAUCUAUGUAGGUACCAAAAGGUUUAUGGUAUCUAAUAUUAUUAUUAGCGUAUGGCAAGUAAUAAAACUGUAUCCAAUAAUUAUGUGUGGUUGGGAAAUAUCCUGUUGGUGAAACCUAUGUCCAAUUUUUGUCUUUAAGGACGUUCUUAAAAUGCCCCUUAAAAUAGUUGGUUAAUGCUAACUGUAAAUAAAUCAAUAGAAUUUUACCAGUGUACAACAUAUUGAACAUCCAGUUAACAAUAAUGGACAUUAUAAGAAAACAGCAAUUAGUAUCAUACAAAAAUGUAAUAUUUAUAAAUAAAAAUGUAUUAAUCUUCAUUAAUUUUAUUAUAUUUUCAGGUUAAAACCAUUCUAGAUUUGUUUACAACUUAAGGUACAAUAACAAUAUUACUUCAGUAAGUAAUCAUUUUAUAAAAUAUAGUAUAGAAACCUAAAAUAUGACAUGAAAAAGUGUUAAACAAAUUUUAAACAAUUUAGAAUUGCUCAUUAAUAAGAGUACCAAAAAAUGAACUUUAAACAAAAGAAAACAAAAGAGUCUAUUAAAAUUAUUGAAAAUUGCAGUUCUAAUGAGAAUGAAAUUAAAAAAAAAAAACGUAAAAGAACUUUGCAUGCAGAUACCCCAUUGGGGAUUUGUUCUGAUAUAAAUAACACACAUUUUGAGAUAAAUUCAACAAAAAAAAAUAAAAAAAGGAAACUGAACAUAGAUAAUUUAGGAAUGAUUCCAGAUAAGAGCACAGAAGAAAUUGCCAUUAAAAAGGAAACAGUUGGAUUUAUUAAAAAAGUUGAAAAUUGUAGUUUUAAAGCAAAUGAAAUUAAAAAAAAAAAGGGUAAAAGAACUGCCUUUCCAGAUUCAUUAUUUGAAAAUAAUUCUGUAAAAAACAAUACAAGGUUUGAAGUAAUGAUACCAACAAAAAAGUCUAAAUUUAAAACAAACAUAGAUAAUGUAGAAAUCAACAUCAAUAAUAGCACAGAAGAAAUGACUAUUAAUCAAGACACAGAAGAAUCUAUUAUAAAUAAUGAAAAUUAUAGUUCUAAUGAAAAUAAAAAAAAACAUAAGAUACCUGUUCCUACAGGUGCAUCAUUGGAAAAUAAUUCUGAUAUAAAUUAUAGAAGUUUAGAAGUAACUCCCACCAAAAAAAAGAAAAGAAGUAAAAUUAAUUUAGAUACUUCAGAUAACAGGAUAGAAGAUACAACUAGAUUUCAACAAGAGACAGAAGAACUUAUUCAAAAUGUUGAAAAUUGUAGUUUUAAAGCAAAUAAAAUUAAAAAAAAAAAGGGUAAAAGAACUGCCUUUCCAGAUUCAUUUUUUGAAAAUAAUUCUGUAAAAAGCAAUACAAGGUUUGAAGUAAUGAUACCAAAAAAAAAGUCUAAAUAUAAAACAAAUGCAGAUAAUGUAGAAAUCAACAUCAAUAAUAGCACAGAAGAAAUGACAAAUAAUCAAGAAACCGAAGAGUCUAUUAUAAAUAUUGAAAAUCAUAGUUCUAAAGAAAAUAAAAAAAAACAUAUGACACUUGUCCCUACUGGUGCAUUAUUGGAAAAUAAUUCUGAUAUAAAUUAUAGAAGUUUAGAAGUAACACCCACCAAAAAAAAGAAAAGAAGGAAAAUUAAUUUGGAUAGUUCAGAUAUUAAAAUCGAUAAAAGGAUAGAAGAAACAACUAGAUUUCAACAAGAGACAGAAGAACUUAUUCAAAAUGUUGAAAAUUGUACAUUUAAAGCAAAUGAAAUUAAAAAAAAAAAGGGUAAAAAAACUGCCUUUCCAGAUUCAUUAUUUGAAAAUAAUUCUGAAAAAAACAAUGCAAGGUUUGAGGUAAUGACACCAAAAAAAAAGUCAAAAUAUAAAACAAAUGCAGAUAAUGUAGAAAUCAAUAUCAAUAAUAGCACAGAAGAAAUGACUAUUAAUCAAGACACAGAAGAAUCUAUUAUUAAUAAUGAAAAUAAAAAAAAACAUAAGACACCUGUUCCUACAGGUGCAAUAAUGGAAAAUAAUUCUGAUAUAAAUUACAGAAGUUUAGAAGUAACCCCCACCAAAAAAAAGAAAAGAAGGAAAAUUAAUUUGGAUAGUACAGAUAUUAAAAUCGAUAAAAGGAUAGAAGAAACAACUAGACUUCAACAAGAGACAGAAGAACUUAUUCAAAAUGUUGAAAAUUGUACAUUUAAAGCAAAUGAAAUUACAAAAAAUGAGGGUAAAAUAACUGAUUGUCCAGAUAUACCAUUUGAAAAUAAUUCUGUAAAAAGCAAUGCAAGGUUUGAGGUAAUGACACCAAAAAAAAAGUCUAAAUAUAAAACAAAUGCAGAUAAUGUAGAAAUCAACAUCAAUGAUAGCACAGAAGAAAUGACAAAUAAUCAAGACACCGAAGAAUCUAUUAUUAAUAUUGAAAAUCAUAGUUCUAAAGAAAAUAAAAAAAAACAUAUGACACCUGUUCCUACCGGUGCAUCAUUGAAAAAUAAUUGUGAUAUAAAUUAUAGAAGUUUAGAAGAAUCCUCUACCAAAAAAAAUAAAAUUAAUUUGGAUAAUUUAGAAAUCAACAUCGAUAAAAGCAUAGAUGAAAUAACAAAAUUUCAACAAGAGACAGAAGAAUUUGUUAAAAAUGUUGAAAAUUGUAGUUUGAAAGCAAAUGAAAUUACAAAAAAUAAUGGUAAAAGAACUGAAUCUCCAGAUUCAUUAUUUGAAAAUAAUUCUGAAAAAAACAAUACAAGGUUUGAGGUAAUGACACCAAAAAAAAAUUCUAAAUAUAAAACAAAUAUAGAUAAUUCAGAAGUCAACAUCAAUAUUAGCACAGAAGAAAUGUUUAUUAAUCAAGACACAGAAGAUUCUAUUGUAAAUAUUGAAAAUCAUAGUUCUAAUGAGAAUGAAAUUAAAAAUAAUAAACAUAAGAGGACCGUCCUUACAAGUGAAUCAUUGAAAAAUAAUUCUGAAAAAAGUAAUACAAGUUUUAAAAAAAAAUGUAUAUCAAAUAAUACAAAUUCUAAUAAUUUGUCUAAUAGGAAGAUUAGAAAGUUAAAUAAUAACAUUACUACUUCUGAUAGUCCUAUAUGCCAAUUAGAUAGUGAUCUGAGUGAUAUACUAAAUUGUAUUGAAAUGUUAGAAUCGAAUGAAGAAGUUAAUUCGUCGGAUACUACUGAAAUGAAAUUUAAUUAUAAUUAUUAUCACUUAAUUGACUUUCUUACUUCAUCUGAUCCUUCAUUAGAAGCACGUUCAGAUUCUGCAUUUAUACUAUCAGAUUUAUCUAACCAAAUUCGGAAAUGUAUUAAUCAGCAUUACAAAGUAGUAAAAAAAUGGGAAAUUGAACUAUUAAGAUUUAUUGGACAAAAAAUAUUGACAAAAAUUUUAGCAAAAUAUAAUAGUGCUGAGGUAUUAUAUUAUUGUAUCUAAUAUUGUAGAAUAUAACAAUAUAAUUUAUCAUUUGUAUAUAUUAUGUUUAGAAUAUUAUGGAUUUAUGUAUUCAAGUGGCAAAUACAAAUCCACUACAUUAUGUAGAAACUAAAUUAUCAAGACAACCAAAAAAGGAAGAACUAGAUAAAAUUAGAAAACAAUUCCCAUUAUUAAAGUUAGGUGUAUUCAAUAAAGAUGAAGAUAAUAUUAUUCGAGAGUAUUGGUCUAAAUUUCAACAGGUAAAUGUUUUUUAUUUGUUUGUUUAUGUGAUAGCGUUAAUAUGGUUUGAAAUGAAAUCGUUUUGAAACUAAAACUUAUUUUUGUCAUCUAAAUACCAAACCAGUUAAAAAAAAAAAAUAAUAUAAUUUUAAAAUUAAAAUACUCACAUUAAAUAUAGACUUAUUAACUAAUGAUUUUAAAAAAUCAAAAAAGGUGUUUAAAACAGUUUGUAAAAUAAACAUAUAAAUUUGUUUUUUAAAUUUUAUCAGUUUAUGUUUAUGCAUUGCAUACUUAGAUCUAUGGGCUCAAAUACAUAUAGUUGCAUGGUCAAUUAUUAUUAUGCAUUGAUGUCACAUCUCAAUUUCUCAUUUUAAUAUUACAUUAUAUACUUACUUUAAAAUUAAAUAUUAAAUUAUAAAUAAGAUUUUAUUAUUACUAGAUAACAUUUUAUAUGAAAUCUGUUAACAAAAUAUUCCCUCAAUUGGUUAUAUUGGUACCUAUAUAAACAGACAAUAGAUAUUGAGCUAAACUGUAUUAAUAAAUUCAAACCAUUUUAAGACAAUCAUAAACAUUUCAAUAAUACCUUUAUAAAUAUACCUGUGAUUCUUUUAUCCUUGAACACUCAUUAGUUCUAAAAGUAUUGACUAUGUAUGAAUGUACGAAUGUAUUUUUUUUUUUUGGAAAAUUAAGAAACAAAUAUUUCCAAAAUGUUACAUUAUCAUUUUUUUUUCUCCCUUAUUUUAGGGGGUGAAACCUAACUUAGGACUACCUACUUAUGACAAAAGAACACCGAUUAUAAUUAAAAAUGAUUUAAUGCAAAUUGUUCAUCGUACUAUAUUUUUAUAUUUAUUUUACAAAAUGUAUAUUAAAUUAAAUUGGUUUUCUAGGAAUACAAUAUUUCAGAUGUUAAACCAUUCUUAUUAAAUGGUUUGAAAAUGGCUUCUUUAUCUUCUCAUGAAAAAUUCAAUUUUUUUCGUUAUAUAUCAGCUGGACUUCCUAAUCGGUUAUUAUAUUCAGUAUAUAAUAGGUUCAAUGUACUGUUCGAUGAAAAAGUAGAUCGUUUAAGGUAAAUAUAGUAGUUGUUGUAUAUUUAUUAUCAAAAGUUUAUAAUUUCAGUGCUUAACUAAAGAACCUACGAGUCAGUUUUUUUUUUUAUACUUAUUAUUUGUCACAUUUUUUAUAAAAUAUCGAAUUUGAUUACUUUUUUCAUUAUACAUAUACAUACAUUUUAAAUUUUUAAAGGAAAAGUUAUAAAAUAUUACUAUAGGUAGUAUUUUUAAAUUUAAUUCCAUUAAAUUAUUUUUUAAAUCAUUAUCUUUUUUUAUUUAUUUCUAUUUUCACACUAACUACCUUAAUGAGUGCUAUUACGAUAUACUUACACAUCAUUGAUCAUGAAUUUAAUAAUACAUUUUUGUUGAUAUGAGAUACAAUUAUCUAUUCAGAUAGCUAAGGUAACAAUAAAUAUACAGAGAAUAUACAUAUACCAUCAAUUUUAUUUAAUAUUGUAUGUGUUAUACUCUUAUACUUAUAAUAAUAACUAAUUUUUAUAUAGUUUUUUAAAAUUUAUUGUAAGUACUCAAUUUGCUCCUUAUAUUUAGUCAUAGUAAAUGGUUGAAAUAAAAUAUUGUUAAAUUAUUUCAAAUAUUAGUUCUUAUUAUUUACUAUCUAUUUUAAAUUCUGAGUGUAGCAAAAAAUAUAUUGAUUCUAAAAAGAUGUUCAUUAUUUUUUUUUAUGUGCACAUUUUUUGAAAGUGUACUCUGGUGUAUAUGACCAUUUUUGUGAGCAAAUUUUCUUGAGGUGGUACUUUAGGGGGGUAAUUUUUUAAUUUUUUCAGGAUUUUUACCAAUAAAAGGGAAAAAACGGGAAAAUAGGUAUAAUAUUAAAUAUUAUUAAAGAAAAUAUAUAAUACCUAUGUAAUUAUUUUACCAUAUUGUUGACAAAAUAAUACUAUUAACUAGCAGCAAUAGUUUAUCACUGCUUAUUGGUAUACAUUAAAUAGUCCUCUAUUAUUUUCUUAACUUUACACUUACAAUAGUAGCCCAUUCAUAUGGGAAGUUUGUCUGUCAUUUUCGAUACUGAUAUUGGAGCCAAACAAUUUAACAAACCCACACAUACUAAACCAAUAUAUUUUCUACAUGUACAUACUUAGGAUCAAAAAAGUAAUCUAAUCUUUAAAAAAAUUAUUUUGAUAUUUUUCAAAUUUUGCUCUAUAUAAUUUUUUUAAUUUCAUAUAUACAUUUUCUAUUUAUAAUAAUUGUUAAUGUUUUUUAUUUAAAGUUUUUCAGAAGAAGAAGACAAAAUAAUACAGAGAGUUGUUGAUUUUGAUGCAAUUAAAAAUAAUUUUUCAGUCUUAAGUUUACUUUUAAAUAGAACUAGGCUACAACUUUAUAGAAGAGUGAAUACUUUAAAAAUGCAACCUUUACGUCAAUGUGAGCUAAGUUAUACUUUUUAGUCCUUUUUAUAGCAUUCUAAAUAAAUAUUAUUUCAAUUAUUGUUGUCUUUAUAUUUAUUAGAUCGCAUAUAUUGGAAUAUUACUCAACACCAAGAAUUAUUCACAAACAUCUUAAUAGAAACAGAGACUGAAAAUUGGAAAGACUUAAAAAAUAUGACUAUAAAAAAAAAUACAUGGAUUGCUAUUACAGAACGUUGUAGUAAAAAUAUUAAUAAUUAUGAAAAAAAUAGAACCCAAUGGAAAUUUUUAUCGACUAUGUUGUUUUGUGAAAAACCAAUAGUAUACUCGACCUUAAAAUCUACAAUAUUUCAAUAGUAAGUAAAAAUUUUGUUUUAAAACACUUGGCCAUUUAUAUAAUAUUCUGCUAAAUUUUAAUUAUUAUAUAAUGGGUUGGGUGUUAACUUUUAAAAUUCAAAUGGGAACCAAUAUUGAAAAUACCAUAAAUAAAUUUUGGUGUUGAAAUUUUUGAUUUCCGUCAACCCGUUGAUGAGAUAUUCAACUUCUUAGUUUAGAUAGGAGGAAAGUGAUUGCUUGUGUAGUGGCAUGGCAAGGCGCGUGGCGUUUGAAUAUUAUAAUUUUGAUUAUGAUAACAUGAAAUGUUUUUUAAACAAAAAAGGUAUUCGAAAAAAUAUUGUUAAGGGAACGGCAUUUCUAAAAUCUUUCAUCUGGGGUCUGUAAUCUACAAAAGGCAAAGCACCGGUGGUCUAUGGUAUGUCUUCGACAAAAUGGCCGCCAUUCGUUAUCUAAGAAGUGACUGUUUACAAAUUAAACUGAUAUGGUAAGUGAUAAGAUAUUAUUUUGGAGGGCUGUAAUUUAGUUUUACUGUUUAAUGUACUUAAUAUUUAGAUAUAAUAUCAUUUCUUAUCAAUACUAUAAAACAUAAAAAUUCACCUCUUAGAUGAAGAUGGCAGCAAUUUUAUUGGCGACAAUAAUAGUACCUAAGUCAGUCAUCUAAAAAAAAUUGAUACAUAGAUAUUUUUUCAUGGCUCCAAAUGUAAUUAUUAGGUCGCGAAAGUCGCGUUAUACUAGCGCCCCUUAUACGAUACCCUCAAUUUUCAAAAUAUCCUAAUAUUUAGCAUAUUUAUAAUAUAAUAUAUCCGUGGUUAUAAAACAAACAUUUAUUACCAAGUUCACCACAUAAUUAAUCAUAUUAUUAAUAAUAUUAUAAUUGAUAUAAUUUGAGUAUUUACGGCUAUUUUACAUUAAAUUAUAAAAUUAUUUAUAUUCAUUUUAAUUAAUCUGAUAUUGUUAAUACAUGUUCAAGUGGUGAAGGAGUAAAUAAGUAUAUGGUAUCAAAUGUUUUUAUUAUUUUUUAUUUACAUUAAAAUAUUAUAAACACAUGUUGAAGGUUAAAUAGCAAAAAAAAAAAAAAACAUGAUACAUGUAUACCACAGAUAUCUGUGCUGUAUACUAAAACAAACUCUGUACCUCAGAACCAGAUGAAUGCAAAUCCAAAAAUUAUUAUUUAGAUUAUUACAUUUUUUUGCUUGCAAUAUGUAUUUUCUACCGAGUCAUAAUUACGGAAGUCUUAUAAAAAUACUUCUAUAAUUUUACCAGGGUUAUACGAGUGUAAGUUCUGAUAUACGGCAGGAAACAUAUUCAUUUUUUUAGUUUUAUUCUAAAAAUAUAUUUACAAUUGAGUUAAGAAUAAUACUGUUUCUUUAGAUAUAUUUGAAAAAAUUGUAUAAGACAACAUAGUUAUGCUAGAAGUAAUGAAAAUUAAAAAUUACAUUAGGGUAUAAUAGUUAUCUGUAUUAAUUUUUCAAAUAAAUUAAAGCCAAUGAAUAAUAUUUGUAUUUAUUUAGUUAUUUCUUAUUGUUAAUACUAAUUUACUACGGUAGUAUUAUGGUAUAAGAGUUCUAUAAUGACUGUAGAGAGCGCUAGUAUGAUGUGACUUUUAGUCAGAUUUGAUUAGAAAAUUUGUCAUGAUUCAAUAUGAGCGGUCUUGCAACCAUAGUAUCUAUAUCCAUAGAUAAUAUAUAAUGGAUAGGCUAUGUAUAUACAAUCAAUAAUACAUCAUAUCUUCUAUCCUACUUUCCUUUCCUUAAGUUAACUUAUUCCAGAUUUUCUCCUAUUGAAGUUUCAUAAUCUGCUAACAUCAUGGACCCAUGGUACCUCUUCUUAUCUGUUGUCUUCACUCACAUCUGAAAUAAGAUAAUUCGCCCAAGUCUUGUUAAAAAUUACAUAUAAUCUUUGUAUGUUAAUUUUUUUUAUGGGUAUUAAACCUCCAAUUGUUUGUAUAGCCAUAUUAUAUUUUAGUCCUCAAUUACCAUUCUAUAAUUUAAAAUUUUGAGAUAUCAAACCAAAAAUUACUGUUUUAUUAGUUGUUUCUUUUAAUUUUGUUUAUAUUACAUUUUUAAUAAUUUUAUAAUUUAUAUUAUUUGUUUGUUUGUUUUAGCUUACUUAAAUUAAAUCCUGAAAAUUGGUCAGAUAUAGAUUGGGUAAAAAUAACUAAUACAUUUUACCCAGGCGCAUGUAGUAAAGUAAUUGUUACAUUGUAUUAUAGAUUAGUUUUUGAAAAACUUCCUUGGGAAGAACGAACCAAUGUUAGAGGUAACUUUAUAUUUAGUUUAAUUUUUAAUUUUGUUUGAAAUAUUACUAAUAUGAGUAGUAAAAUAUACAAUUUUUUUUUUAUUUAUAGAUUGUUUAAAAUAUUUAUCAAAUAAUGCGGAUGAUUACAUUAACAAUGAAAAUAAUAAUAAAGUAUUUCCAAGGCUUACAGUUGAAGAUCAUAAUGUAUUAGUUAAGAUUGAAUAAAAUCUUAUCAAUGUUUAUAUUAUUUGUGGCUUAUUAAUUUUUCCAAAUUAAAAACUAAAAUAACUAAUUUAAUUGAUAUAAUAUAUUGCAUCAAUGAU